AGCCGAAGGGAGCUCAGCGAGAGCGGCGGCGGGACGGACCUCCCCGCCGACACCGGGUCUCCGCUCACCCCGACGCCGAUCUCUGCCUGGCAUAUUAACCAAAGGCAAGGAGGACUGAGCUUGUCUCCAUUCUGAGUGCUGCCAUUCACAAGAUCUCUGUGACGGACUGUAAGGCCCAAGCCCACUGUGCUGUCCUGCUCGCCCCAGACAUCUUUCUGGGGUCCACCUGAGGUCAGCAGUGUGAAGAUGAUCAGUGCCCUUUUAGCAUGACAACCUUGGACCAUGUCAUCGCUACCCACCAGUCAGAGUGGGUCUCCUUCAGUGAAGAGCCAUUGUUCCCUACCCCUUCAGAGGGGGGCACUGAAGAACCCUUCCCAGGAUUGUCGUCCUCCUCCGACCGCUCUGAGAGCUCCUCUGGGGAGAACCAUGCGGUGGAUGAAGGCUCGCAGGACCUUUCACACUCUGAGCAGGACGACUCCUCUGAAAAGAUGGGCCUUAUCUCCGAAGCGGCCUCCCCUCCGGGGAGCCCAGUGCAGCCCACGCCGGAUCUGGCCUCAGCCAUCAGCAACUGGGUCCAGUUUGAAGAUGACACACCUUGGAGCAGCACUUCACCACCUCACAAGGAAACAGCCCUCACAUUGACCAUGCCCUGCUGGACAUGCCCUUCCUUCGACUCUUUGCGAAGAUGCCCUUUGACAUCCGAGAGCAGCUGGACCACCCAUUCUGAUGACACUACCAGUCCUAGCGUCGCUCCUUCAUCCACAGACCUGCAGCUCAUCAACGCUGAGGAGCAGGCGAGCGGCAGGGCUUCCGGAACCGACUCCACUGACAACUCCUCCUCCCUGCAGGAAGAUGAAGAAGUAGAGAUGGAGGCUAUCAGUUGGCCGGCUGGCAGUCCAGCCAUGAAUGGGCACCCUGUUGUUCCACUAGUGACCACAGCUCGCUUCCCAAGCUGGGUCACCUUUGAUGACAAUGAAGCUGGCUGCCCUUUGCCACCGGUCACCUCGCCAGUGAAGACAAGCACUCCAUCUGUUGCAACUGCCACCCCGGAUGUACCUGUACCUUACAACUCAACUGGGUCAUUUAAGAGGGACCGUCCCAAGAGCACAUUGGUGAACUUCUCCAAAGUUCAGAAGCUGGACAUUUCCUCCUUACACCGUCCACCUUCUGUAAUCGAGGCCCCGCCCUGGAGGGCCACCAACCCUUUCCUGAAUGAGACUCUUCAGGACGUACAACCUUCCCCUAUCAACCCGUUCAGCGCUUUCUUCGAAGAGCAGGAACGGCGCUCCCAAAACAGUUCUGUUUCCAGUACCACAGGCAAAAGCCAAAGAGAUUCUCUCAUCGUCAUCUACCAGGAUGCCAUCAGUUUUGACGAUUCGGGCAAAAGCCAGUCCCACCCUGACGCUAUUGAAAAGCUCAAACAACUGCAUAUUGAGGACCCUGAUCACGUGGGCAGUACGGCCCUGCCAGAUGAUGACCCCGCAGCCUGGGUUGAACAAGAAGCUCAUUCACCUGCCUCGGCUCUGACACAGCCCAGGGAUGGAUGGCCAAUGAUGCUGAGAAUCCCCGAAAAGAAAAACAUCAUGUCCUCCAGGCACUGGGGGCCAAUCUACGUCAAACUGACAGACAGCGGUUACCUGCAGCUGUAUUACGAGCAAGGCCUGGAAAAACCAUUCCGCGAAUUCAAGCUGGAGAUCUGUCAUGAGGUUUCAGAACCCCGGCUCCAAAACUACGACGAGAACGGGAGGAUCCACAGCUUGAGGAUAGACCGCGUCACUUACAAGGAGAAGAAGAAAUACCAGCCCAAACCUGCUGUGGCCCACACGGCAGAGAGGGAGCAGGUGAUUAAACUGGGCACCACCAAUUACGAUGACUUCCUGAGCUUCAUCCGCGCCGUUCAGGACCGGCUCAUGGAUUUGCCAGUGCUGUCCAUGGACUUGAGCACAGUUGGCUUAAACUACCUCGAAGAGGAGAUUACGGUGGACGUCAGAGACGAAUUCUCCGGCACGGUAAGCAAAGGAGACAACCAGAUCCUCCGGCACCGUGUCUUGACACGGAUACACAUUCUGACUUUCCUCUCCGGGCUGGCCGAGUGCCGCCUGGGUCUCAACGACAUCCUUAUCAAAGGGAACGAAAUCGUUUCUCGGCAGGACAUCAUGCCCACCACCACCACGAAGUGGAUUAAGCUCCACGAGUGCCGUUUCCACGGGUGCGUGGAUGAGGACGUGUUUAACAGCUCCCGAGUUAUCCUCUUCAACCCUUUGGACGCAUGCCGGUUUGAGCUGAUGAGGUUUAGGACGGUGUUUGCUGAGAAGACCUUGCCCUUCACGCUCAGGACGGCAGCGAGCAUCAAUGGGGCGGAAGUGGAGGUGCAGAGCUGGCUACGGAUGUCUCCGGGAUUCUCCUCUAACCGCGACCCUCUCACUCAGGUUCCCUGUGAGAACAUAAUGGUCCGCUACCCGGUGCCCAGUGAGUGGGUGAAAAACUUCCGCAGGGAAAGUGUUCUGGGGGAAAAGUCUUUGAAAGCCAAAGUGAACCGGGGGGCAAGUUUUGGCUCUGCUGGAGCCUCUGGCUCUGAGCCUGUGAUGAGAGUAACUCUGGGAACUGCCAAGUACGAGCACGCCUUCAACGCCAUUGUGUGGAGGAUAAACCGACUGCCAGACAAGAACUCAGCUUCUGGUCACCCACACUGUUUCUUUUGCCACCUCGAGCUUGGCUCUGACCGGGAAGUGCCUUCCAGAUUUGCCAAUUAUGUAAAUGUUGAGUUCACCAUGCCCACGACUUCAGCCUCCAAAGCAGCUGUGAGAUCCAUCUCUGUGGAAGACAAGCCUGAUGUCAGGAAGUGGGUCAAUUAUUCUGCACACUACAGCUACAAGGUGGAGAUUGAACAAAAAAAGAGUUUGAAGCCAGACUUUGAGGGGGAGGACUUGGAAAAUCCAAAGGAAUGUGGGGUUCAGUGACAGUGGCCCACCUGCAAGGAACUGAGGAACGCUGACUCCUGAAUAAUUCAAGAUUAAGUCAACACCUGCUGUGGCUGCUCCAUGUGGAAGGCAGUCUACCCCAGUUUCCUGUGUGCAGUUUCCCAUGUGUGACAGGAAAUCCUGAGGGAGCUGCUUUCAACAGCUCCUUGACACUGAGCAUGCCCAAAGCACAUGGUGCACCCGGCUUUCAGAGUUUAUUAUCUGUUGAGCCUCCUUGUCUUUUUUCUGCUUAUAUCAUGGCAAUGGUGUGUGGUUUGUGGUGACCAUUAGAGACCCAAAAAGAACAUCCAAUGUCAGUGUUGGCACUGUUUGCUUCCAGUACUCAUCUGUCACUUGGAAGUUUCUGGAAAAAAGCAGCCUUGAGCAUCCAUCUCUAUUGCUCCCAUUAAAAGAUCCAAAGAGGUUUCAAAGCCAUUUCCUCUUUGGAUCUGCUAGGCCUUCUCUAGAUGGUUCUAUUCUUUAAAUGUUGGUGUUAUGCAGCAGAGGUUUUCCAGAUGUUUCCCUUCUGAUUCUGGAUUGUCCAAGAUCAAAAUACUUUUGCAACUUCUCCUUUUCCAUUUGCUGUCUUAAGUCAUGAGCGGAAAGUGCCCUAUCGGAUAUUUUCAAAUUUAGGGAUUGGAGCUUACGUCUACAAAUGCACUGGAUUGGAUUCAUAGUUUGUUGAGAAAAAAAACAAAACUGAGCUUAUUUUUCUUCACUUAAGGAAAAAAAGGCAUUAAGUGUAAGUUUAUAUUCAGUUUAGAAGACAGCUUCAAUCAUAAAGAAUUACCAAAUCUUCACUGACCACUUCUAAUUCCUGAGUGGCUAUGAGUCCAUGUGUAUAAAGGCAAAAGAAAGACACUUGGGAGUUCUUUUUAUACCUCAUAUGCAAUGACUGUUGAACAUCCCUUUAACUCAAAAUUUAGAGGAAACUUAAGCUAAAAAUAUCACUGUAAAAGCUGAGUUUGAAUGAGCUUUGCCCCAACUUGAGAGGUUGGUAGUCACAGUAUCGUGAGAGUUCAAAAACGCAGAAGGCUCCAGGGUCGGGCUGGGGAGAGCCGGUUUCCCAGUGUCACAAACUUGAAAUGCUGGUCCAGGAAUCAGAACAGCUGCCCUCUCCCUCACAGGUUCCCACCCCCGGCUUCUCUACCCCCUGCAUGUUUGUACCGCAGUGUUUUCUCUCAUGAAGAAUAUAGUAAGCGGACAGAAUGCAUAUUUUAUCAGACUUGGGAAACGUGUGGAAAUAAGUAGAAAAUACCUGCAGUUUGGGACUUAGUGAUUCAAGUUUUGUUUUUUAUCAUUAUUCAGCUCGUGUUUAGUGAGAUUUGAACUAUGUGCUGACAUUAUGCAUUAGAAAUCACUGCAAUGUUUUGAAGUGCAUUUUUAACUAAGCAUUAGAUUGAAACAAAAAGGACAAGCUGUGUGGGCAUAAAUAAGACCUGUAUUCUGAAUUUUUAAAAUACAGCCUUUUCAGUACA